ACCCCAGCCCACGGAAACCUCAGAGACGAUCAACAUGUUUCCGUGGAAGCUGCAAAACAUUUUAUUCCUCCUUCUGUUCUGUAAUUCCGAUGGACAGAUUUUUGGCAGUAACAGAAGACGCCCCUGGCCUAACAGAGGUAUGACGUUUGAUAGAUACUUGGAGCUCCAUGAUGUAGAUGUAAAGAAAACCAUCGAUUCUUCACCCAGAAGGUUCACUCUGGUGGCUCCCGACAUCCUGAGGACCGACACCGAAGAAAACAUCUACUUACAGGCGGAGGGCUUGCCCGCUCCUGUCACUGCCUCCAUCGUCAUCCAGGACUUCACCAAAAGCGUUAUGCUCCUCCAGGAGACGGCCAACCUCAAUCAGGAAAAUGGCUUCCUUGUUCUCAAGAGCAUAGAGCUUUCUUCCGCGCUCUUGAAUCGUGAGGAGAAAAAGAACAAGUUUGUUCAUCUGCAAGUGAACUUUGAGGGUCAUCACAUGAUGGAGCGAGUGCUGAUGGUGUCCUUUCAUUCUGGCUAUAUCUUCGUCCAAACCGACAAACCCAUCUACAACCCCGGAGACACCGUUCGUUUCCGAGCCUUCGUGUCUUCUCCGUUCUUUAAGGCCUUGAACAGCCCCAUCACUAUAGACAUUCAGAACCCUGACAAAGUGGUGGUCAGUCAGAUCUCCAGGACCCGACCCACUCAGGGCGUCUUCGCCGAUUCCUUCCCUCUGUCUGACAUCGUCAAUGAAGGAACAUGGCUGUUGACGGCAAAGUUUGACCACUGGCAGCAGAACGCUUUCACCUCCCGUUUCGAGGUGAAGAAAUAUGUUCUCCCUGCCUUCAACGUUACACUGACCCCUAGAAAGUCCUUCCUCAGCCUGGACGACGACGAACUGGUUGUAGAAAUUUCUGCAAGGUACUUGUUCGGGGAGCCGGUCCAGGGGACGGCUUACGUUGUGUUCGGAGUGAAACUCAACCAGGAGAUGACGAGGCUACCUGCUGUGAAGCAGGUGUCGGACCUGGACGGAGGAACGGUCACACUGAGCAUGCAGGAGCUCAGGAGAGCUUACCCCAACGUUAGGAGCUUAGUGGGGAACUCUGUUUACGUGAAAGCAUCUGUGGUCACCAAGACGGGAAGUGAUCUGGUCGAGGCAGAAAAGACUGGGAUUAAAAUUGUAGAGUCCCCAUAUGUCUUAUCUUUUAAAGACGUGCCAAAGUACUUCAAACCAGGAAUGCCGUUAGACCUAACAAUUCAGGUGAGCCAGCAUGACAACUCCCCAGCCCAUAACGUUUUGGUCAAGCUGACUCAUCUGGACGCACCACUGACCGUGUCAUCAGGCACCGCCAGAGCCAGCAUCAACAUGCCCAAUGUACAACUCCCUCAAACUCUCACUGCUGAGACGGCACAGGCUGACCUGAAACCAGAGCAGCAGGCCAAGCAGCAGAUUACGCUUCAUCCCUACACGACCAGGAGGGGGCAGCAGAACUACCUGUACAUCUCCACGGGAACCAACAGAGUGUCUGUAGGAGAGAGACUAUUGCUGCAGUUCUCCAUCUCUUUAUCUGACCAGUCACACAGAGAGCACAUCAAACACAUCACAUACCUGGUGCUGAAUAAGGGUAAAAUUGUAAGCGCUGCUCGUCAGGACGUGACGGGCCAGCUGGUGACCAGCGUUGGGUUGUGGGUCACGGCGGAUAUAAUGCCGUCGUUUCGGGUCGUGGCGUUCUACACCAUUCCCUGGUCGGGGCGGGAGGAGCUGGUUUCCGACUCGGUCUGGAUAGACGUGGUGGACGGCUGUGUUGGAGGGCUGAAAGUUUCAACAGACGCCGUACAGCGCCACUACGCACCCGGGAAAAACUUCCACUUCCAGAUCCGAGGGGACCCGGGGGCAAAGGUCAGCCUGGUGGCUGUGGACAAUUCUGUGUAUCUCCUCAACGGGGAGCGACUCACACAGCGAAAGCUUUGGGACGUGGUGGAGCACGGAGACAUCGGCUGCACCAGAGGGGGAGGUCGAGACGCCAAAGGAGUGUUUACGGAUGCCGGACUUCUUUACUUCUCAAGCGGCGGAGUCAAAACCGAAACCAGGCAGACCCUGCAGUGUCCAGGCAGUACCAGAAGGAGGCGCUCUGCUGAACUCAUGCAACGUAAAGCAAGGCUGGAGAGUCACUAUAAGGAGAAGCUGCAGCAGCGCUGCUGCAAAGACGGCCUCAGGGCCAUUAAAAUGCCGUACUCCUGCACCCGCCGCUCUCUCUACAUCACCGAGGGCCCGGAGUGCAUCCUGGCUUUCCGCUACUGCUGCGCCAUCUACAGGGACCAGGUGUUCAACACGGAGAUCCCCACCACCCCUCCACCUAUGACCACUGCUCCUCCGACCACCACUCCCGCACGGGUGCCCAUUUUUGUUCGCCGUGGUUAUGCUCAACAACCUGAAGAGUCAAUGAUACUCUAUUCAAGAACAUGGGUGCCUUUGGGGGCUCCUUCAGCAGAUUUUGUGCAAGCGAUGGGUCCUAUGCCUAUGCCCGUUUCUAAGGAGGUACCCCUGGAGUACGACGAAGAGGAAGAAGACGGGGAGUACCUGGAUGAGACUCAGGUCUAUCUUCGCUCCAAGUUCUUCGAGUCCUGGCUGUGGAUAGAUGUGAGCCUGCCGAGCGAGACGGACAAAGACGGGUUUGCUUUGAAAAAUAUGGACAGUGCCUUACCAGACAGCAUCACAGAGUGGGGAGUUUUGGCCAUCAGUUCAUCACAUCAAACAGGUUUCUGUGUUGCGGAGCCGUACAACUUCAAAGCCUGGAAGCAUUUCUUUGUCGACCUAAAGCUCCCGUACUCUGUGGCGAGGAACGAACAGUUGGAGAUUAAAGCCAUCGUCCACAACUAUGGCUACGAUGAGAUGCAUGUGAGGGUGGUGCUCAUGAAGACCGAAGGCAUGUGCAGCGUCGCUUUCAAGGACAGACACACCCAGGAAGUGACGCUGCCGGCGGGCUCCUCUGUGGCGGUGCCUUACACCGUUGUGCCGCUGGUGGUGGGCAAUCUUCCGCUGGAGGUAAUGGUGGUCGGCAGAGACCUGACGGGCGGCGACCGCAUCCGGAAAUUUCUGCGAGUUGUGAUGGACGGCGUGCAGAAGACCAAAGUCUGGAGUGCCGUGUUGAACCCGUCUUCUCAAGGAGGAACUCAGACGAUUCGCAUCGGUAAGACUGAACUGGAGUCGGUCGUUCCAAACUCUGUGCCAGAGACCUUCAUUAACGUCAGAGGUAACGUCUUGGCGGACAGCAUCGAUAACUCCAUCAGCGACGACUCGCUGGCGUCUCUGAUCCAGAUGCCUGGCGGCUGCGUGGAGCAGAACUUGGCCUCCAUCACUCUGCCGCUCAUCGCCACUCUCUAUCUGGACCGAACUGACAACUGGGAGAGAGUCGGGGUGGAUCGCAGAGAUGAGGCUCUCCGAUACAUCAAGAGAGGCUAUGAGAAUCAGUUGGCAUACAGAAGGAGUGACGGCUCAUACCCCCCCUACAGUCGUCAAGGCGCAAGUACAUGGAUCACAGCGUACGUCGUCAAAGUGUUCUCCAUGGCUUACUCGAUCGUCAGCAUGAACGAGCAGCAAGUGUGCGAGCCUCUGCUGUACCUGGUGACCAACAAAAUCAGACCAAGCGGAGUGUACAAAGAGGACAACCCAGUUUAUUCCACCACAAUGACUGGUGGUCUCCGUGGUGACGACCCUGAAAUGACCCUGACGGCUUUUGUCCACAUUGCAGUUGCUGAAGCCAAGAAGGCAGGAAUCGGCUGUGACAGGUCCGAAGUGGAGUCGGCCACCGCCAGCAGCUCCCAGUACCUGAGGAGAGCCCUGCUGACUGGUGAGAGGAGGCCGUACACGGUGGCCAUCGCCUCCUACGCUCUGGCUCUGCAGGGAACACAAAACAACCUCCAUCAGGCUUUACUCCGAGCAGCAUCUCCAGACAAGAGCCACUGGCCUGACAAGGAAAACCACUUGUUCACUCUGGAAGCAACUGGCUACGCUUUGCUAGCGCUGAUAAAGUUGGGACGCAUGGAGGAAGCCGCGGCGCCCUUCAAAUGGCUCAACGGUCAGAGAAGAAGAGGAGGAGGCUUCGGCUCCACUCAGUCCACUAUGGUUGUGCUCCAGGCUCUGUCAGAGUACAUGAUCAGCGAGCCGCCGCCUGCUGACCUCAGCCUGAACGUGGACCUCAGAAUGACCGGACGCAAGGAAAUCCGUUACCACUUCAAUCCCGACACCGCCUACGCUGCUCGCUCCUCUAAAUUCCCUGCUGGUGUCGACAUGGAAGCGGUGGCUCAAGGGAAUGGACAAGGAAUCCUGGAGGUUGUGACUCAUUACAACCAGCUCCAUGACGUUGAAGAGAAAACACCCUGCAGACACUUUGAGCUCAGCGUUAACAUUGAAGAGUCCAGCGAAAAGCCUCCAGCUGAUGCAGAGAAAUCCUACCAGAUCACCAUCAGCGUGAGGUCUUUGGGACCCAGAGACGUCAGAAUGGUGGUUCUGGACAUCAGCCUCCCCACUGGCUUCAACCCAGAAAACUCAGACCUGGAAAUGCUGUCCAACUCUGUGGAUCAUUACAUCAGUAAUUUCAAGAUCGUAGAUAAUCUGAGUGACAGAGGGUCUCUGAUCAUCCACCUGUUCAAGGUUUCUCACAAAGAGCCUGAAAUUCUCAUCUUCAGGCUCCAGCAGAUCUUUAAAGUGGGUCUGCUGCAGCCGUCGUCUGUCACUGUUUACGAGUAUUACAACCCAGAUCACCGCUGCAGUCGUACUUACUCUCCCAGGGAGGACAGAGAGGAGCUCAGUAGGAUCUGCGACAACAACGUCUGCCGCUGCACACAGGGCGACUGCUGUGUCUUAAAACCUGAAGAUCAAAAUUUCCUCCGCAAAGAGAGAGAGAUAUUCGCCUGCACAAGCUUACACCAUGUUUGGCAGGUGAAGGUGCUCAGUAUGAAUCAGAGCUACUACGAUAAAUAUGAGAUGGAGAUUACACAAGUUAUUAAACUUGGUGUUGAGGCUGGAGUUGAAGUUGGUCAGAAGAGGUUUUUCCUGUCGAAUGGUGGCUGCAGAGAAGGACUAAACCUCAAACUGGGCUCCCAGUAUCUCAUCAUUGGUCCUAAAGAGGACCAGUGGACCACUGACCCCGGCAACAACGGGUUUAUCUACAUGUUGGGGAAGGACACCUGGUUGGAGCGCUGGCCUGCAGAUGCAGAGUGUUCGAGCAAUCCCAGCAUGCAGGCCAAAUGCAAAAGUCUCUCUGAUGCUGCAAACGAGCUGUCUGUGAGCGGCUGCAGGCUGUAGUUUCAGCUGUUCUUGAUUUUAAUUGUACGUCUGUGAAUGCAUGUCUGUAAGAAGCCAAAAAAGAUGAAGUAGAAGUACUGUCUGAUAACGUUAUAAGUGUUGGGGGUUUUUUCUGAGAGUAUAUAAUUAGACAUGGGGAACAAUGAGGGAGAGCAUUGUUCUUGGCGUCUUUUUAAAGAAAACAAAUGAUUUAAAAAAAAAACAUUACUGUAUUUAUUCUUAGGUCAGUAAAUAUUAAGAAAAUGGAACAAUGAAAAAAACCCGCUUAAACUGAAUUCAUGAUCUGUGCUCAAAUACAGAAAAGAUGUAUUGUGUAUUAGCGCAAAUCACUUCGUGCUGACAUGUACUCUAAAUAUGGAACAUUAAAAAUACACUUACAACUGAAACACUACUUCCAGUUUUUCGAGAACUGAACAACUUCCUUUAUUUCUGUAGUUUGAUUUAGUGAGUGUGAAAUCAACAGAUAUGUCAUGUGUACAAUAACUCUAAAUGUACUUGCAAAAGAGGAUGUUUUAAAAUGGUUUAUGGUCAGGCUAAGUGAGACAGACGAAGCGCUGUGGAUUUCAGAGCAAAGUUCCUUCCUGUUAAUUUGCAUUGUGGCCAAGAUGGCGGUAAAGUCAAAACUGUUAAAGUGAUGUACUCUACACAAACUUUAGCUGGUGGCCUUAUUUGGUCAUUAGAGAAAAACACAUCCUGAUUGUUUAAACAAGAACGUUGCUGGCAUCAUUUACCAAUAGUGAAGCGUUUCCUUUUUCAGAUGAGUUCAGGCGUGUGAGUCACGGUAGUUAAAUUCAGUUCCAUGUCUCCAAUAAGCAAAAUGUUUAAAAGAGAGAGAGAGAAAAAAAAAAAGAAACGCAAUGCAGCUGUGAAAUGAUGUCAGCGUUUACAGAUCACAGCACACAGUCACUGGUGCAUAAAGCGACGGCCACAAAGGAAGAAGGCAGUGAUAACAAAGACUCCAACUUAUAUAAUGAAGAUUUAUGUGGUUUAAUCCAGAGAAGAAAGGGGAAGUCGGUACAAAUCUAUAACAGCAGUCGCGUUGAGACGUAACAAACCGGCACCCGACUUACGGACUCCGGUAUCAAAUCUUCUCAGUUACAAUCAACAGUUUCUGACAAAAACUGUAAUAAAAAAUAUAAAAAGCUUCA